UACCCAAAAGGCCAAAAUUGAUAGUAGCCACUAGAAGCUUAUCACGUGGCAUGAAGACAAUCAUAAGUUGGAUGAGCUUACCAAUUUCGAAUCCUGUAAAAAACGACCUCAGGAAUCACCAGAUUAUUCAAGAGUACUGAUCAAUUAAUUCAAUGACGAUCACCAUGUCAUCAAUUGCUUCAUCUCAACAAAGCUUCUUCAUCAACACCCUUGUCUCUAUCCCUUAUACGAAAUCAAGCAAUAUUAUUCCCAAAAGAUCAAUAACAACAAUAUCUUGUAACACCAACAAAUCUCCAUCUCAAAACAAUCAAGAUUCAUCCAGAGUCAAUGAGAACAAUCAAUUAGCAAAGCUUGCUUUGGUGACCCUGGCAGCUGGAGUGUUGACACUUGGAGCAAUUGAUCCGGCUUUCGCAGCCAAAUCAGGUGGUCGUGUUGGUGGUCAAGCUUUUCGUUCUGCUCCAAGGCAAUCAGCCCCUCGUUCAUCUUCACCAAGAAUCAAUAACUCAAGGACCAAUAUAUAUAUUAACCCACAGGUUGCACCACCACUACUAGGCGGUUAUGGUUACGGUUAUGGUGGUUGGGGAUGGUCCCCGUUUUCAUUCUUUGCACCUGGCCCGAGCGUGGCUGUUGGAAUUGGAGGCGGGUUUGACACAUUGGUAUUUUUUAUGCUUAUUGGAGCCGCGGCAGCUGUGGUUAGAAGGUUCUUUGGGUCGAGGAAGGAUUAUGAUGACCAAGAUUACUAGUAAGUGUUCGCAAGGAAGGUUUUCUUUCCUUUGUAAUAUUUGAAGGAAUAUCAAAUUUUGUUUAGAUGUGAUUGUUACACAGAUUGGUAUAAUUUUACAUUACAUGUUGUAUAGAUGAUAUAAAUAAAGCGUUUACAUC